AUGGGAAGCAAGACGAGUGACACCGGCGCCACGGCCAAAUCUCCCAAGGAAGACACCAUUGCCGUUACAUACAACACCGAGCCAAACGGGAUCUCUAGAGGGGCCCCGCUGCCGCACCAGGAGCAAUAUCCAGAUCCCUUUCAACAACAGGUUCAUCCCAUGGGCUUCCAGCAUGGUUUUACGUCACAGCUUGGCAUGGCACAACAAAGAAAUACUUCCUUCGAUAUGAGCGCUAUGGCAAAUGCCCUCCCCCAGGGCGCCUACCAGGGGCAAUCCUAUGGCCAACCGGCUCCCAGAUAUGCCCCAACCCACCCUCCCGGCCUCUCCCCCCAAUAUGGGACACCUAGCACGAUGGGCGCCAUGCCGACCCAACAAUACUACGUCCCGCAGCACCAACAAAUGCCCCAGUUCUACCAGACCAUGCCUUCGCAGCCAUCGUCCACCGUGCCUUCGAGCUACUACCCCAGCCCGGUUGUCAUGAGCCAUGCAGUCCCGAACGGAGCCCCUUUCUAUUACACUCCUGGACACCCCUACCCCCCUCAUCAGACGCUUCACAAUCAAGUACCGAUGACUCCCGGCCAGUUCGUCUCAUCCAACCCGAACCAAGAACAGAACCCGAGGUUCCGAUAUCCCAAUUUCGGACGCAAUUUGGCAUCUAUACCGCCCGCCACUCCACAUACCAAUGGCGGUGACCAACCAAAUGACCAGCAAAGUAAUGUGGUUCGUGGCCCCCCGAGGAAACCGAGACAAAGCGGCCAUGCCAUUUGGAUUGGAAAUCUGCCUCCUCAAACAGAACUGAUGGGUUUGGUGCAUCACGUAUGCAAGGUGACGGAGGGCUUGGAGUCAUUGUUUCUCAUCUCGAAGAGCAACUGCGCAUUUGCCAACUUCCCGGAUGAUUUGUCCUGCUCGACAGCCCAGCGGAAACUACACGAUUCGAAAUUCAUGACUGUCCGGUUAGUUAGUAGGUUGCGAAAGAGCACUGUGGAAGGCCCGGCAGGGGUAACAGCUCCUACAGGACCUGCGGCGUCGGUGAUGCCGCAGGCGGGGGGCACCACGCAAGAGGCCGAUACCAACGCAGCUCGUGACGACGGCACGGGCCUCAUCCCCUCCCAGCCCGAGGUUACCGACCCUCGGGCUGGAGCUCUACCCGUAACUAACGGGUCUUCUGCGCACACGGACCGGUUCUUCAUUCUCAAGAGCCUAACGGUUGAGGACCUCGAACUCAGUGUCCAGAGCGGCACCUGGGCCACGCAGUCGCACAACGAAGAGAAACUGAGCGUGGCGUUUAAGGAGGCGGAUAAUGUGUAUCUUGUAUUUUCGGCGAAUAAGUCCGGCGAAUUUUUCGGGUAUGCGCGCAUGAUGUCGCCCAUGAACGAGGACCCGGCAGCCGCCAUCGAGUUUGCACCCAGCACGCAGUCGACUGGCGAAGUCGAUCUUCCCAAGGCGAUUCCUACGGAAGCCACCGAGUUUGCGCCCCGGGGUCGCAUCAUCGACGACUCGGCACGCGGCACCAUAUUUUGGGAGGCAGACCGCGAGGGCAAAACCGGAGUUCCCGGGGACUCAGGCGCCGAAGAGGGUGACGUUUCUAGUGUACGAAGCGGCCAUGACGGUGAGGCCGGGACAUCUGAAGCGAAGGCCUGGGGCAAGCCCUUCCAACUCGAAUGGUUAUCGACGACACGCUUACCCUUCUACCGCACCAAGGGGCUCCGAAACCCGUGGAACUCGAAUCGAGAAGUCAAGAUUGCACGGGAUGGGACGGAGCUAGAGCCAUCGAUUGGGCGGAUUCUCAUUAGCUCCUUCAACCGGAUGCAGAGCCCGGCAAUGGCCAUGAUGCCGCCCGUAGCCCAAGGGAUGGGCCCGGUCAACGUCCGCAUGCAGGUUCCUGCCCAUGCUGUGAGCGGAUAUCCUCCUCUGCGAUAG